GAAACAGGUGACGAUUCAGGCAGCCCACCAAUUCCUCUUCGGGUCUCAAAAAGAGACCGAAAGAAAAAAUCCUUAACUGAUGCCCUCAGCAAUGGAGCUAAAUGUGUAGCACUGAUGACUCUGGGGAUAAUUUUUAUGCUGAAGGAGAGGAGUGCCAUUGCCCCAGUGCAGGUGUCUCCAAGGGGAAAGUUUCGCUUCGAAAGCUGGGAUUCCAGAAAGGAAGAAAAAUGGAUUCUCCAACCCAGCAUGAGAUGGUAACAAUGUCACUAUGGCAAAAGGCGAGCCGCAACUCUGAAAAAGAAGAACAGAUUUGCACAGCUACAAGAGAACUAAGUACUGAACAGCUGGUGGGAUUGAGGAGUCCGAGAAAAGAAAAUACCGAUUUUCCAGAAAAUCAAAGCUCCACCACAGCUAAAGGGGUUGAUUCAGGAGGCUCCAUCAAGCCACUAGUCUUCCGGCUACAUGACAGCGUUCCUGAAUUAGUCCGUGAGGUUCUACUGGAGCGUGGCUGGAUUGAGUAUGAUGAGCACAAGCAAGAUAACGAGGACUGGAACCUGUGCUGGCAGAACCAGCCUUUCCGGAUGACAGACCACCGAAGCAUUAAACCAUGGCAGAGGCUCAAUCACCAUCCGGAAACCGUCCGGAUCACCAGGAAGGACUAUUUGGCAAGACAUUUGAAGCGCAUGAAGGGAAUCUACGGAACAACCCUCUACGAGUUCAGUCCAGCAGCCUUCAUCAUGCCCAACGACUACAUUAAAUUUAUAACAGAAUACACCAAGGAGAGGCAAAUACCCGGCAGGAAGCUGAGCUACUGGAUCUGCAAGCCUGUUGCCAGGUCUCGUGGGAGGGGCAUCCUCAUUUUCAAGGACAUUAAAGACUUUGUUUAUGACUGCAUGGUGAUUGUGCAGAAGUACAUCAGCAACCCCUUGCUUAUUUCUGGGUACAAGUGGGACCUCCGCUUUUACGUCUGCGUCGCUAGCUUUUGCCCCCUCACUGUUUACGUGUACGAAGAAGGGCUGGUGAGGUUUGCGACGGAGAAGUUUGACCUAGAGGCCCUCGACAAUGUUUACGCCCACUUGACAAACACAAGCAUCAAUAAGUUUGGGCCCUCGUACAGGAAGGACAAAGACGUCAUCGGCUCCGGCUGCAAGUGGACGUUCAGCCGUUUCCGGGCCUACCUACGUAGCCGCCAUGUGAACGACGUGCGCCUCUGGCAAAGGAUCAACCACAUCAUCACCCUUACCUUGCUUGCCAUCACCCCCUCGGUGCCGUUUACCUCUAACUGCUUUGAGCUCUUUGGGUUUGACAUUCUCGUGGAUGACAAGAUGAAGCCCUGGCUCCUGGAAGUGAACCACAGCCCCGGUCUGCACCUCGACUGUGCCACAGAUGCAGCUGUGAAAAGAAGGUUGCUCCAUGACAUCGUCGACUUGCUGAACUACAAGGAGGCCGACGCGCUGAGAACAAGCAAAGGGGUGAUCCGGAAAGUGUCGUCCUUUGGCCGAACGCAGUCUUUGUUGACUACCAAAACUGACGUCUCUCUAGAUUUCCUGGCUUGUGGGAAAAGAACCAAGUCCGCAGUUACUUCCCCAUCCCCAUCACUCUUGCAGGUUAAUAAGAGGAGCCCAAUGUCUGGCAGGGCAGGCAGCGCAUACCCCAAGAAAACCUUAACCUCACAGCUGCGUGAACGAAUGAACACGCCCAAAACAUCCCUGCUGCCAUCUAAAAGCAAACAGUUAUUAAGAACUAGUAGUUCCCUAUAUGAGCCUGUUCAGUCUACCCGGUGGCUUAAUUCAACUGAGCUCUGUACACACAAGCCAUCUAUCCCUCCCUUUUUCCUCUCAGAUAAAGACAAAAGGCCAUUCCCUCGGGUGGGUGACUUUGUCCUUAUAUUUCCUUUCAGUGAUGCAGUCCUUGAAGCAUCUAGGAAUGGGAUCCAUGUCAAAAGUGUAAUAAAAGAAAUACACAAAUUAAUGAGCAAAGAAUUGCAGCCAGAGCACCAGAAAUCAAAUAAAAGCUUAUUUAACCAGUAGAUGAGCGGGACGAGCAAUCCUGUAUGUCAUUCACACCAGAGGGUGCAUGUGCU